CGGCGGCGGCUCGGAGGAGGAGGAGCAGCGGGACGGCGGGUCCCUCUUCUUGGUGAACAAGAGCGGCUUCCCCAUGGACGGGCAGACCUGGGAGCGGAUGUGGGGGCACGUGGAGCGGGUGCACCCCGACGGCGGCGCCGUGGCGGCGGCCAUCCGGAGCGCCGCCCGCCUGGCUCGGCCCUCAGUGCCACCGGUGCCAAACUACAAGCUCUCCAUGUCAAUUCCAGAAUGGCUCCAGGCAAUACAGACCUACAUGAAGAUGCUGCAAUACAAUCACACGGGAACACAGUUCUUCGAGAUUAGAAAAACCAGACCUCUAAGUGGGUUAAUGGAGACAGCAAAAGAAAUGACCAGGGAGUCCUUACCUAUCAAAUGCCUUGAAGCAGUUAUCCUGGGGAUAUACUUAACGAACGGGCAGCCCUCCGUGGAACGAUUCCCCAUCAGCUUUAAAACCCACUUCUCAGGGAACUAUUUUCAUCAUGUGGUGCUCGGGAUUUACUGCAACGGCCGGUAUGGCUCGCUGGGCAUGAGCAGACGAUCAGAUCUGAUGGACAAACCUCUAACUUACCGAACUCUGAGCGACCUCAUCUUUGAAUUUGAAGACUCCUAUAAAAAGUACUUACAUUCAGUCAAAAAAGUAAAAAUUGGACUAUACGUCCCGCAUGAGCCGCACAGUUUUCAGCCCAUCGAGUGGAAACAGCUGGUCCUCAACGUAUCCAAAAUGAUGCGCACAGAAGUCAGGAAGGAGCUGGAGAAGUUUGCCCGGGAUAUGAGGAUGAAGAUUCUGAAACCCUCAAGUGCCCAUUCUCCGAUGAAAGAGAGAUCACGGGGUAAGUCGUUGUCCCCUCGGCGAAGGCAAGCCAGCCCUCAGAGACGGGCCUGCAGAAGAGACAAAUCGCCUGCCGUGGUGGACAAGAAAGGAGACCUGGCUACGCUCAACGAGGUAGGCUACCAGCUCCGCAUCUAACCAAGCAUCUAACCAAGCCAUACGCCGGACAGAGGGCUUCCCUGGUGCUUCCCGCUGCACUUUACCUGCACUCCGUUGGAAGGAAAAAGGAAUGGGACUAUUUAUUAACUUGUGGACUCCUACAGUAGAAAUUUUAGCUAGAAAAUAGAAGAGGGCAACUCUUUUUUGGUGGCAGUAUUUAUUUUAUUUGAAUUCAUAGAGGAGGCAUCAGCAAAGAGAACCUAAAAUUAUGUUUACCAGGAUAUAAGAUUUUUUUUUUUCUUCCCUUCAUCAUGUAGCAGGUGACUCCAGUGGUGUGAGAGUUUCUUCAAAUACGAUUUCCUUCUACAAUUAUUAAUUGAAUUUGGGCAUUGUGCUGGAUAGCAGUAUUGGGCUAACUAAGAAAUCACAUUCUUAGUGUUAAGAUGUGCUGGGGUGCAGUGCAAUUUAAAAAGCAAAACACAUUCAGUAUUAAUAUAUAAUUCAGCAAUAAAAACAAGCAGUGCAGAAAUGGCGUGAGUUCUUAAAGUAUUGACAUUACCUCACUAAACUUAAUAGAUAUGCAAAACUCAGUAUUAUUGUUUUGUAGCUGAUUUGUACUGAUUCCCAGCAUUUCUGGUAGUAUUAAAACAGCACUGGAUGUUUUACUGCCACCUGUAUUAUUAUUUUGUGCAUGUUACUGAAAGAUGUUAAGUAAUAGUAAUAUGCAAGUGUAUUCUUAAACACUGACAUCUUAUUAGGCAGGAUGUGAGGUUUUGGGUUUUUUUUAAUGAUGAUAAUUGAUGAAUAACGAAUUUUUAAACUUUCAUAAUUUUUUUUUAUACUUUGUCACAAGCUUUUAGUCUUUCUGGACUACACUGCUGAAGCACAAACUGUAGAGAUUGCUGUUUUGUAGAGACAAGUGUUCACCUACAAGUCAGUUUGUUUCUCGUGUGUGUUCCUGGAAUAGUGGCAAAAGUGUCAGCCUCGUUACCCUGAGUCGAUGUGCUUUUCUUCCAACAUUUGUGUGUGACUCUGAACCUUGUCUUUGAAAGGCUGAGCAGUCUCAGAUGGUGAUGCCUUGACAUCUUAUAUUAAGAUCAGACCUCGCAGGCUGAAGUUAACCUUCCGCCAUGCUGCUGUAGGGAGUUUUUCCUAUAUGUGUUGUAGUAACAACAGCUUAGUCAGACCUGCAUAAGGAAGCUUGUAUUGGAACCAUUUCAGCAAUAACUUAAAUCGUGUCUGUAUGUCUGAAAUAGCUGAAAGUCAAGCUUUUCUGCUUCCUCCCUACUCAGUCCUUUUCUUCCAAGACUUUAGCUAAGGACCCGUGAUGGACGGCAGUGUUCUCCAAUGACGCGGUAAGACUGUCAUUGGGGUCCACCCUUUGCAUUAGUGAAGUUCUCCAGAAGCAUUCAAGUGCUGCAUUCCUGAAAAUAUUUCAUUAGGUGCCUAAAUAGAAACUGGAUUACUGUACAACUCCAGCCUCUACCCUUUGUGCUGUGCUUAUAGAUGAUACUGCCAUGGGCCUUGUGUACCUUCCCUCCUGGACAGUUGCUUUUUUGGGAUCUCAAUGAAGACUGGACAUUGUAGGAUCGUGACAAUAAUGCUUACUCAAACUGAAUGAUUUAAGCUCCUAGAAGGCUUACACCAGUCAGGAAAUGAAUGAAUACAGGAGAAGUUAAGGAAUCUCACUUACCUGGGACAGGAAGACAACACCGAGACCCAGCGACCUUCCACAAACAGUGAAAGACUUUCUCCUAGUUAGAUUUCAGAAGGUGUAGAAAGAAGACUCUUCAACUGUAUUAUACUUCUUUAUACCAGUUUACCAUAUCAAUUACAGGGAGGCCUUUCCCAUCCCUCUUUCUGUACACUUUUUCACUCCUCUGUUGACAAUAGGAAUUUUUUUGGUUCAGGAGGGAAAUUGAAGAGGGAAAAUACUCUUUUUGGUAGAAAUUCUGCAGAAUUUGUUUUAAACUUUGUGCUGCUCAAUGUCUUGUGACCUAAAUAACUUUUUUCCAUGUAUUUCUUAGAUUUCUCAUGGGUAAAAUGAUGUGAGAAACUUAACUUUGCUCAGCUGUAUCGUAUAGCACAAGGUUAUCUGAUCUGUUGCAAGUCUUUUUUCUAUGAAACCAUGGUUUACUUCUGCUGGAGUAAUGGUGAUUGGUAUAUAGUUUUUACCAUUGCCUGGCACACUUUGAGUUAUUACCUCUAACUUAUACUGAAACUUUUUAAUGCUGUAGAGGUGCGUGACAAAUUGCUUUUGGUUCUUGUUUUGAAGUUCCGCUGAAGUAUUCUCUUGAAACUUGCUUAUGAUGGCAUUUGUCUUAAGUGUGGUUCUAGUGACUGUUCUUCUAACUUACUGCAAAGUGGUCAAAUAGUGUAGAAAACAUGCAUGACUUUUUUUUUAAUCCCUUGUAUGUUUAUGCACAGCAUGAAACUUCAAUAAAAUAUCAUUGUAGUCUUUUUUUAAUGA